AUGUCUAUUAUCGAUGCUAUUGAUGCAUUUGAUAAACUUGAAUUUAAUGAUAAUCGUGCAUUUGCAAUUGCCUCCGCUUUAAUUGCUAAAUCUGUUCAACAAUACAACGAGAAUCCGUCAGCAAAAUUCGAUAGCCUUCAAUUAUUAUUUGAAAAUGAUUCAUCUGAAAUUACACUUCAACAAAAAACAAUCGAAAAUGAAUAUCUUGAAAAUGAUAAUAGAAGCAUUUCAUUUACUACAAUAUUAGACUAUUGCCUUGGGCAAUCAUCAAUAAAUCGUCCGCAUGUUUUUAAACAGCCGCUUUACAUACCAUUUCGUUCUGAUCAACCAAUAGAUUAUGAGCCUAUUCAAUGGCAAGCCGAUCCUUCUGUGCCAACACGUUUUAUUGUUCAACCAUCGUCGCCAAGUCGAGUUCUGCAACCACGUAAUGAGCAGACUAAUGACAAUAAUACAAAUACUGUUAUAAUCGAUGAUAAUGAUGAUCAAAAUUAUAUAGACGCAAUGGGUGAUGAAGAAAAUGAAGCACCAAAGGCAGCAAGCAAGAAAAAAGCAAAGAAGAAAAAACAACAACAACAGACGAAUACUGUUACAACUAAUGAUGAUGUUUCAAUACAAUUAAACAACUCAUCAAAUAGAAUUUCUUCAGCAGGACAUAAAUUUCCUCAAAAACUAUCAUCAAAAUGGUCAUCUGGUAAACGAAUAUCAGGUGUCGGCAAAACGAGUGCUAUUCGUAAGUUUGCACGUCCAUCAAACGAUCGUCAAAAUCGUGGUGAUUCGCGUACACUAUUUCGAAACAAACCAUCGGUAACAAUGAAUACAAGCCGUCUUAGUCAAGAACAACGUGAUCUAUUGGUACGGGCUGCUGAAGAACGUAAACAGGAAGAACGAAAACGUAAAGUUGAGAAAUUGCAUGAACAAGCUAAAAAGCGAGAAGAAGUUCUUAAUCGUGCAAAACAAAUACAGCAAGAAAAAGAACAAAAAAAUCAAUUACGCAUAUCCGAUAAUCAAUCUAAAGUCGCCGCUGCAAAUCAAAAUAAAAAAGCACAAGGUAACAAUUUUAAUAAUUCAACAACAUUCAAUAAUUCAAUGAAUGAAUCAACGACAUAUGCGAAGCCUGUUGCACAACAAUAUAAACCUGUUGUAUUGGAUACAACAAGUAAAGCUUUAAAUCAAAAUAAAAUUAUUAAAAAUCCAGCAAAUGCAUUGAAAAAACCAACAGCAACAGCAGCAGCAGCCAAUGCUGAAUAUACAUUUGUUGUCGAUAAAACUAAUCCAUUACGAAAUGAUAUUACACUACCAUCAAGUUCAAUGGUUCAACCCAAUUUACAACAUAAAGCUGAUUGGACGAUAUUACCAGCAUCGGGAAAUAUUCAUGAUGAAUUAGAACUUGAUACAACAGUAACUGAUUUAACUCAUCAUUCAGAUGAUGGCAAUUAUGGAAUAGACGAUAUACGUUCAGAUCAAGAUUCAGAUAACGAUGAUGAAGACGAAGCCCGUAUACCUAAUUGGGCUAAAGAACGUUUAUUUCAAACAUUUUGGAAAACACAAGGUCAUUGGUAUUUAUCACGUCGAACACUUAAAUUAACUCGUCGUACAUUUGGACAUUAUCCCAUAAUAAAAGAUGAAUUACAAAUAUGGCUUAGAGAUCUUAAGUCAAGCAAACCGUUGUCAGAAACAUUUACCGAUGCAACAUAUCUUGAUCAAACACAAGCAUUUUUUUGA